CUUUGCAGAUUUCCUGUGUAGUUGUGAAGCAGCCAUGGCCCACAUCAAGUCUUUAGAGAUAUUAAAUGACUGUAAUGAGAACAGAAAAAUUCUUUACAAGCUACCAGAUUGGCUCACAGCUAGCUGGAAUCGUAAAGUCAUUGAAAUCGAAGAAGAAACCAACAACUUUCCUACUUUCAGUCAGUUUGUUUCAUUUUUAACCAGAGAAGCAAAGAUUGCUUGUAACCCUGUUACAUCGCUGCAAUCACUGAAGCAAAGUGAAUCUGAUGACUUCGAAAGGCUGAAACCUACAAGACAAAGGAACAUAGGAGCUAAAACCCUGACUACACUUUCUGAAGAGAAGACAGCUUUGACAUGUAUGUUCUGCAAAAAGCCCAAACACACUCUACAGAAAUGCAGGAGCUUCCUGGAAAAGACUGUGACGGACAGAGUCAAGUUUGUACAGUCAGAAAGGCUAUGCUUUGGCUGUCUCAAGCCAGGCCAUCUCUCAAAAGGCUGUGACAACAGAAGUGUCUGUGAAAGGUGCAAUAAAAGACAUCCUACCUGCCUACACGAAGAGCGUGGCAAAGAAGCACAAAACCCAUUACAAGACCAGAAAACCGCAAAUAAAGAAAGACCAAACCAAAAUUCCCAUCCUCUAACACAAGAAGGAAAAAUCACAGCUACAACAAACAGAGUCAUACGUCAAGAAGAGCCAGCAGUGGAUCCAUGCGAACAUGGGAACAAGUAAAAGUGAAGUAAAAGAACAUCUUACAAAAUGGUAAUCUUUAACGUAGUUAUCUUCAUUUUCUUUUAAGACACUGGCAAAUCAAUGUGUUUCAUGGUUUACAACAGCAACCAAGAAAAAGGCGGAACAAAAAAAAACAGGUGGUGGUCCGGCACCCUCUCCCUAUACCACAGCAGAAGAGCUAGCCCUUGGUUUCAAUAGUAACAGACCAAUUGUGGAGGGCAUCCCUGGGGGUAGCACCUCCUUAGACCCACAGCCAGGGACCCGCAGCAGC